AUGCUACGGGUUAUCCCAGUAUUGCUAUUGCUUGUUCAAUUGUUGGCCAUCGCUAGUGCAGGUACUGUUCGAGGAGUGCAGCAAGAUGGCAUCACAACAGUUAGUCUCAGACAACGUCGACUCAUGAAGGAAAUGGGAGGAAAGGACACGAGUGAUGAUGAGGGGGGGGAAUAUGAAAGCUAUGAAGAGGAGGAGGAGGAAGAAUACGAGGAAGAAGAGGAAGAGGAAGAAGAAUAUGAGGAAGCAGAGUACGAAUCCGUGGAAGAGUCCAAAAAGGGAGGUAUGCAGAAAGGUGGUAUGGCAGGUGCAUCUGUACCCAAGGGCAGCAUGAUGGCAGGUGAAUCUGAGUCAUCUGAGCCCUACGGAGGCAUGAUGUCGGGUGCUUCUGUGCCAAAGGGUAGCAUGAACAAGGGUAUGACAGUAUCCGCUACUGUUGGCACCAUGGGCGGCAAUGGCAAGUCUGGUAAGGCAAAGGGGCAGCCCAAAGAUGCCAAGAAGCAAAAGAAGGUCCAGGAUAUGGCCAUGAUGAACAAACUUGCCAAGGAAGGCUACUCUGGCGCGAAAGGAGGUAUGACUUCCAUGGAAAGCGACUCCACUGACUCUGUCUCCAAAAAAGGCUCGAUGGGUGGCGGCGUGAAAGGAGGCAUGAAGGUUUCAGCAACAGUAGGAUCCGCGGUGAAAGCAGGUGGCAAGAUGGAAGCUGGCGCAAAGUCGCAACCCAAGGAUGCCGGAAAGAAACAAAAGAAGACAACGGUGAAGACAAUGAUGAACAAGCUCGCUAUGAAUGGUGGCAUGGUUGUCGAGGGAUCUGGCGAUGAGCCUGCUGAACCAUUUUCGGUUGAAGAGCCCAUGCCAACCGAUGCUCCAACGUUCAGUGAUGCCCCGCCUGGCAGUGAUCGUGACGAAUACGGAUGUAUCCCCUCUGCUGGAUAUACAUGGUGCCCUGAGCUGGAAGAGUGUAUUUCUUUUGCCGACGAGUGUCCUGUAGAUGGGGAAGAGUUCGAGGGACCGACCACUAUUGUUUGUGAUGCUGACAUGAGAUGCAGCGUGAGUGAAGAAUGCACUAUUGAUAUGGGAGACUACACCAUUGGUGGUCCAUACAUCACAGGAAUCGAAGGGGCUUUGGAGCUUCCUGAAGGCUGCGACGCCAACUGCCUGGGUUGCUCGGAAGAAGAAUCGGAAGACCCAGAAGAAAUCUCCUCGCCGGACCCAGAAGAAAUCUCGCCGGACCCAGAAUUCCCGACAUUUGCUCCUGUCGCGGAAAUCGAGCCGACAAUGGCACCAUCUUUUCCAGAUGAGCCCGUCGUGGAAACAGCCGAACCAACUCCAGUCAUGGAUGCCCCUGAACCAACUGCUGCACCCACUAUUCUUGAAGUACCCGUAACGCCCGGACCCACCAUUCUUGAAGUACCCGAAAUGCCCGCCCCAACGUUCCCAAUAGAAGAAACGACGGCUCCGACAUUUGGUACUGAAAUAGAUCUCCCAGACGAUGCCUCUUUGGUACUCGUAAACUUCACGUUGCAGUUUGGAUUCUUCGCAGAUGCAAUUGUUACAGAGCCAACAGAUGAUGACCUGGAUGCGCUUACGGUUCAGGUUGAGAUGUUCUACACCGACCUGCUUGCAAAUACCAGUGACGAUUUUUUUGCUUUCGAAGCCUUUGUUGCGGACAGUGAAUUUGACGAAGACGCAGUUUUCCCUGUCACUGUUCACUAUGAAGGAGUGGCUAUUUUUGAGGGCGAAGAAGCUCCCAGUGCAGUGGAACUACUAUCAGCAAUGGAGGCUGGGGACUACCAAAAGUUUAUCACAGACUAUGUCUGGGAGGCCAACUCAGUUUUGUUCUUUGAUACUCAGAGCGUAUUUUUCACAUCUGCACUAGACGAUGGACCAAUCUAUCAGUUGCCUACAGUAGGCCCUGAGGAACCCGAGAUUCCACCAUCAUCAGCGCCUUUGGAAGAAACCGACGCACCGACAGUUGCAUCCACAGCUGCUGAAACAGAUGCACCCACCGUUGCAUCCACAGCUGCCGAAACUGAAGAAAGAGAAGCUGAAACUGAUGCCCCUGAAGUACCAGUAGACACUGACGCUCCUGGAUUGCCAGUAGUGACGGAUGCACCAGAAACCGAUCCUCCAGCCCCAGACACAGAGGCUCCAGUUGUAGAAACCGAUGCUCCAGAGACGGAACCUCCGGUGGAGGAGACCGAUGCCCCAGAGACUGAACCUCCAGCUGUGGAAACUGAUGCCCCAGAAACAGAGCCUCCAGCGGAAGACACGGAUGCUCCAAUUGAAGUGACGGAUGCACCUGAAACUGAGAUCCCAGCUGUCCUCCCAGAGCCAGAAGUGACGGAACCACCUUUGGUAGUGACUGAACCACCUUUGGUAGCGACUGAUGGUCCUAUUGAAGUGACCGAGGCUCCAAUGGAAGAGACAGGUGCUCCAGUUUUGGAAACUGAGGCACCAAUGGAAGUGACAGAGGCUCCAAUGGAAGUGACUGAGGCUCCAAUGGAAGUGACUGAUGCACCUGAACUACCAGAGCCAGACGUGACUGAACCACCUUUGGUAGUGACGGAACCACCUUUGGUAGUGACUGAACCACCUGCUGAAGAGACGGGUGCCCCCGCAGAGGUAACGGGCGCUCCUGAGGAGGGUGAGGCCACAGAAACUCCAGAUGAUGGCAUGACUGGGGCCCCAGAAGGAAUCAUGACUCUCCCCGCCGAGGUGGAAGAAGAUAGCUCGCGUGUUUUGCAGGCUUCCAUGGACUUUGGAUUCUUUGAAGGCACAGAAGUCCGCCAGCCCACACCGGAAGAAGUUGAUGGACUGGUGGUACAAAUCAACAAUUUCUACACAGAUGUCUUGGACGAAAGCUUUGAAAACUUUGCGACCUUUGAGGCCAAUGUGGUCAACACAACAUUUUUCAAUGAAACGGUGGGCGUGGACUUUGAUGCUUUUGCCUUUUUCGAGCCAGGUACCGAAGCACCAUCGCCAUUUGAAGUGCUGUCUGUCAUGGAAAGCGGGGACUACACGGAGUUUAUCACCGCAUACGUGUGGAAUGUUACCAUGGACAGCAUUUUUUACCAAACUCAGAGCGUGCAAUUCUACGCAAGGAUCUAG